AUGCGUGCCGAGUUCAGUCGCACAUCGAAGACGCCCACUGAGGAUAUCAACACGUCAAGAUGUACGUGCAUCGAUCUCGUAUUCACCAACGUCCCAUACAUGGUGCGAGAUGUGAUGUAUGUUCUCACCUACUACUCGAAUCACAAGGUCAAGAUAGCAUCUAUGUACCCCGACCACGGUUGCACGCGGCGGGACAGCGACAUCAACAAGAAGUGUCUUGGCGACCACAACCGUUGGGCGUACGGCUUUCUAUGUUUCGUGGCCGUAUGCGCGCUGGUCGCGGGACUCCUGGUCUACUACCUCUUCACGGACGCGCUCGGCGAGUCCACUCGACCUGAGUACAUCGGAAGCCUCGGCUGCCACAACUGCUUGACACCCGGAGGGCCUCUCACCGAAACGCUCGACGCUAGUGUCAACCCGUGCGACGACUUCAAGGCAUACGUGACGUCCCGCUGGCUGCCGGACCCGCACAGCGACGCGUCCGAGCACUGGAAAUACAAGUGGCACGUCAAGUACAUCUGGACGCGCGCGGCGACCAAGGAGAUCAAAGGCCCACACUUCGCCUCGCCGCCGGAGAGCAUAGUGGCGUCGUCCUUCAGGGCCUGCGAAAGCCGGUCCGCCGAGAACGCACUCGAGACUCGCGCCAUGUUCAAGAUGUUGUUGCGAAACCUCAGCAUUCCAUGGCCCGAGCUGCCCACGGGAGACACGGACCCGUUCGACGUCCAUUUCAGCGUCUGCGUUCGGUGGAACAUCCCCCUUUGGUUCGACGUCAGGGUCCUUCCGGAAGACGCCCUUAAAAGCAGACGUGCGGUCUACAUCGGGCCGAGCGUGUAUGCCAAGUUCUGGGGCAGCCAGUACAGGUCGAUGGCUAGCGAAGCCACGAUACGCCAGUACGUCGGCCAGUACCUCCUCUACUUCGACGAGGAGUACGGGCAAAACACAUCGUUGACCUUCGACUCCUACUUGACGUUCAACUUCACGCGACACGUGACGUUCAUGCUGGAGGCCGUUCACAAAAACGCGGGCCCUGAGUUCCACACCUUCGAGUCGCUGGCGAACGCCUUUGGUCAGCGUCCCGAUCACUUUCUCAGCCUAAUGAACAAGCAUUUUCGGCCUCAAAAACCCUUCGAGCCAGGCGAUGCGGCCAUUGUCAAGAAAAAAGGCACCACCGAAGUCGUGAGCUACAUCACGGCCAACUACGAUUCCACGCUGCUCCGUAGUCACAUGGGCUGGUGGGUGCUCCAAAUCUACGCGCCCAUCGCCGACGCCAGCUUUUUCGUCCAAAAGUACGGCAGCAAAGAACUGGCUGAUCUUCUCAGACCGCUAUUCUGCGAGACCCAGAUGGAGAGUUCCUUCAAGAUUCUGAUUUUCUCCAAGCAUGUCGCCCUCAACUUUCCCCGAAAGGUGAGACAGCAGGUCGACGAAAUUUUCCACAACAUUCGUGAAGAGACGGCUGCCCUGUUCGAGAAGUCGGGCUCACUCGCCGGCGCGAACGUCGGGCGCAGAUUGCGAGGCAUGAGGGUCAACUUGUGGCCGAAGCACGAAUACCGCUCCAGAGAGAAGCUUCAGCGCAUCUAUGCCUCGCACAACACGACUAAGGCGACGUCACUCGAACAUUGGAUCACUGAGCGGCGAGCCAACGCGAAGCUGAUCGGAAGCGACGCCUACUUCGAAGACAAGAGGCUGCCUCACUCAUUCUCUAAGGAACCGAUCUAUUACGAUUCGCUUCUCAACGAAGUCACAGUGUCGAUGUUGCUGGCACACGAGCCUUUCUUCUAUCCCGGCGGCGACGCUGCCGUCAACUACGGAGGUUUGGGAGCCGCCUUCUCUUCUGCGUUGCUGGCGGGAGGGCUUGAAAUAGAAACAGCGGAACCAGAAGCCAAUCUGGAGGAGGCCACUGGCAAUGAAAGCCUGCCGACAACGCGCAAAGCCACCUCCUUAUUCAUGCCUAUUAACCCUCUCUCGAAGACCGCAGCGCAGGGCUUCCUUCCGGCCUUUCGCGCCUUCCAGCUCUCAAGGACCAUCCUAGCGAAUGUCCGCCCAUUCGCUCCAGAAAUGUUGUUCUUCAUCAACUACUGUCACAGUCAGAGCAGGGUACGGAUUUCUUUCGACUGCAACGCGGCGCUUCGAGGGGCCACCAACUUCGUGUCAGCGUUUCACUGUGAGAAGGGUUCCCGCAUGAACCCCUGA